UUCAAACACACACAGAAGUCAUCCUUACAGGUGGGACUUCGCAAUGGAACCAAGAGCCCCUGUUCUCUUACUCAUCCUUGGGGGGCUCCUGGUGUGGGCAGAGGAUUGGGUUACAGAGCACGAUCAAGAAGGAUAUGACUAUGAGAGGGACCCUGCUUACUGGGAUGCUCAGGCCCGCGACACACUGGAUGCUGCGCUGAAGCUCCGCCCACUGGAACACCGAGCCAAAAACAUCAUUUUAUUCCUGGGAGACGGGAUGGGGGUUUCCACUGUGUCCGCGGCCAGGAUCCUCCGGGGGCAGAUGGAGGGGAGGUCUGGAGAGGAGACAGUUCUCUCCAUGGACACAUUCCCAUAUGUGGCUCUGUCCAAGACCUACAGUGUGGAUAAACAGGUGGCGGACAGUGCCAGCACAGCUACAGCGUAUCACUGUGGGGUCAAGGCUAAUGCUAAGACUGUGGGCGUCAGUGCGAUGGCUGUGGCCUAUGAGUGCAACACUACCUUUGGUAAUGAGGUCUACUCUGUCCUGCGACGUGCUAAAGCUAAAGGUAAAUCAGUGGGAAUAGUGACCACCACUCGGGUGCAGCAUGCCUCCCCUGCAGCCGCCUAUGCCCACUCUGUGAGCCGCAGCUGGUACAGUGACUCUGACCUGCCCUCCAGCGCACAGCAACAAGGCUGUGUGGACAUUGCCACACAACUCGUCACCAAUGUGGAUAUUGAUGUGAUUUUAGGUGGGGGAAGGAUGUACAUGACACCCAAAGGCACCCUAGACCCAGAGUACCCCACGUCCAACUCCCGCAAGGGUGACCGCAAAGACAAGAAGAACCUCAUUGAUGUGUGGCUACAUGCUAAACCAAACAAGAGAUCACGCUACGUUUGGCACAGAAAAGACUUUGAUGAAAUUGAUGUGAAGACAACAGAUCGACUUAUGGGUCUGUUUGAACCAAAAGACAUGAGAUUUGAGGUUUUCCGCAACAGCACCAGAGACCCCUCCAUUGUGGAGAUGACUGAGAAAGCAAUUCAAAUCCUGAGCAAAAACCCUAAAGGAUACUUUUUAUUUGUGGAAGGAGGGAGAAUUGACCACGGCCACCAUGAUGGGAUCGCCAAGCUGGCCCUAACAGAAGCAGUUGUGUUUGAUGAGGCUAUAAACAGAGCUGGGGAGCUCACCAAAGCAUCAGAGACACUUACUGUAGUCACGGCCGACCACUCUCACGUCUUCACCUUUGGAGGCAACACUCCUCGAGGGAACCCAAUCUUUGGUCUGGCACCAAAGAAGGCCGAUGACAAAAUGCCUUUCACCAGUAUCCUGUACGCCAAUGGCCCGGGCUACGUUCAUAUAAACGGAACCAGAGAGAACAUCACAAUGGUGGAUUACUAUGAUGAGGAGUACAUGCAGCAGGCUGCUGUACCACUGGAUUCAGAGACUCAUGGUGGCGAGGAUGUGACUAUCUAUGCCAAAGGCCCCAUGGCUCACCUGUUCCAUGGGGUGAAAGAGCAGAACUACGUGGCUCAUGUCAUGGCCUACGCAGCCUGUCUGGAGCCCUACAAGAACUGCCCCCCCCACGCUCCCGGCCACAGCUCUGCCAGCAGUGCAAGACCACAGCUGAGCGCACUGUUAGCUACCUUCAGUUGGAUGUGGCUGCUCAGAUGACACAGAGACACUGGCCUACAGACUGUUGCACUUUGCAUUUCUACAGACACACGCUGGUCCCCAAUCAUAAAGUACAUGCUUCAUAGCAUUUUUGCUGUAAUGUUGUCAUUACAGGAAUACGUUUCAGUGUUUCUCAUAAAUACAGGAGAAUAUGGGGACCCCAUUUGACCUUCACCUCCUAUAGUCUAACACAAGCUCAACAAAACCUGAUAUAUUUGG